GCCUUUAGCCUCCCUCCCACCGCCUCUGUCUCCCUCUCUCCAAGAACUGCCCAGGAGUGAGCAGCUGCUCCCGGUUGGCCCUGCCUGACGGACAGACACAGGACAGCCUGACAUCCUAGCCCACCAACUAACCAGCCUGCACCUGGCUGCUUCCCCCUCCCCAGGAACAUUCCCCAUGAAUCCCCUGUGGCUACUCACCUUGCUGCUGGCCCUGAGCCAGGCCCUGCCCUUUGAACAGAAGGGCUUCUGGGACUUCACCUUGGAUGAUGGGCUGCUUAUGAUGAAUGAUGAGGAGGAGGCUUCAGGCUCAGACACCACCUCAGGUGUCCCGGACCUGGACUCUCUCACACCUACCUUCAGUGCCAUGUGUCCCUUCGGCUGCCACUGCCACCUGCGUGUUGUUCAGUGCUCUGACUUGGGUCUGAAGACUGUGCCCAAGGAGAUCUCACCUGACACCACACUGCUAGACCUGCAGAACAAUGAUAUCUCUGAGCUCCACAAGGAUGACUUCAAAGGCCUCCAGCACCUCUAUGCCCUGGUCCUGGUAAACAAUAAGAUCUCCAAGAUCCACGAGAAGGCCUUUAGCCCUCUGCGGAAGCUGCAGAAACUCUACAUCUCCAAGAACCACCUGGUGGAGAUUCCUCCCAACCUGCCCAGCUCCCUGGUAGAGCUACGAAUCCAUGACAACCGCAUCCGCAAAGUGCCCAAGGGCGUAUUCAGCGGGCUCCGGAACAUGAAUUGCAUUGAGAUGGGUGGCAAUCCCCUGGAGAACAGUGGCUUUGAACCAGGAGCCUUUGAUGGCCUGAAGCUCAACUACCUGCGCAUCUCAGAAGCCAAGCUCACUGGCAUCCCCAAAGAUCUUCCUGAGACCCUGAAUGAACUUCACCUGGACCACAACAAAAUCCAGGCGAUUGAGUUGGAAGACCUACUUCGCUACUCCAAGCUGUACAGGCUGGGCUUAGGCCACAACCAAAUCCGGAUGAUUGAGAAUGGGAGCCUGAGUUUUCUACCUACCCUUCGGGAACUCCACUUGGACAACAACAAGUUAUCCCGGGUGCCCGCUGGUCUCCCAGAUCUCAAGCUCCUCCAGGUGGUCUAUCUGCACUCCAACAACAUCACCAAGGUGGGCAUCAAUGACUUCUGCCCCAUGGGCUUUGGAGUCAAGAGGGCCUACUAUAACGGCAUCAGCCUCUUCAACAACCCUGUGCCCUACUGGGAAGUACAGCCAGCCACCUUCCGCUGCGUCACUGACCGCCUGGCCAUCCAGUUUGGAAAUUAUAAGAAGUAAAGGCAGUGGUAGCCACCAUGAUGGCCUUGGUGAGAGUCUCCGAGGAACAUAGCCAGACGUUCUACAGGGGAAGGGGAAGCAAAGAAGCCAAGCCCCCUCCCUGCGCCUUUGUUCCCCAACACUAGCUCACUGCCCCACCACAGCCUCCCUCUGGCUCCCAGUGCACGUAUGCACAUGGCCUGGCCCUCUCACCCAUUCCCCUCAGCUUUUGAGAUUUGACACUCACCUACCAUAUCCACUCAAAGACUCCCUAUAAACCUUGUCCAUUCUGUCACCCAGAUAUCAGUGGCAGGAGGAGCUUGCAAGUGUGGACACAGCACACUGGUACAGCUACUGUGCCAUCCAGGCAUGUAUUCCUCUCUUCCUCGCCCAUGUCCGUCUUGUAGCUCUCUUGGGCCAUACCUGCUGCCUUUGGCCUCUGGUGAUCCCCAGUUCAUUACCUGUCCAUCACAGACAUUACUAGUUCCUGGAGCAGUCCUUCUUUCCAACCCUGUUAUGCUUCCUUCUAGGGUGCUAGAUCUGUCCCCUGCCAUCUCUCUGGACCCAGUUCAUAUCUCUCUGUAUCUCUCUACCUAUGCCUUUAUCUGUCUUUCUGUCUGCCUAUUUCUAUCUCUGUCUGGGUGUAUCUUUCUGACUCUUCCUCUCCUCUCCCUCCCUUUCUUCCUCCCCCUUUCUCUCUCUCUCUCUCUCUCUCUCUCUCUCUCUCUCUCUCUCUCUCUCUCUCUCUCACUCUCUCUCUCUCUCUCUCUCACACACACACACACACACACACACACACACACUGACCAUGUGCUAGGCUGCUUUCUGCUUCAUAGGUCUCUGGCCAGUUCCUGCACAAAUACAUCUGGGAGCAACUAUCUCACUGAUUGCCCUGCCCAGCACUUGACCCCUAGCGCUGGAGGAGGCUUGAAGGUGGAGGCCAAGAACCCUGUCUAUAUUGCCCAGGAAGGGCAGCAUACUCGGCUAUCAAAAUGAGGAGCAGGAAGCUUCCUAGCCCCUGGAGAUGCUCAGCAGGCCACCAGAGCCCCCAGAACCAGUUUGCAUUGGCCCAUGUCCUCUCCCCAAGAUGGCUAGGUCCCUCUCCCUCACCUUUGGGUUCCUGCUGUGGUAGGGAUUGGUGAGCAGUUGCACCCAGCUGGAGGAAGUGCUGCUUCUGAGAUCAGUUGUCUUUCAAUUAAAGAAACACUGUGCAAUA